CGGAGAGCAGGGUGUGGCUCAGUCAGCACCGGUCACGUACGUAAACGCACCAUGCACCAGUACCACACAUCAGUGACGCCAGGGAGUUGCAAGAGGAUAAGGCAAUCGUAUCCCCAUGACUCCGUUUGCUACGGUACGCAUGCAGCUAGCACAGCCGGCCGAAGCUCUGCUCUCAGCUCGACAACAAUGGCGAGAGCCUGCAAGUGCAGCCCCGCGGUGAGGCUGCUGCCGUAUCCGAUCACAGCACAGCUGGCGGGCAGCAGGAGCCACGGAAGAUGCAGAAGCCUCGCCGUUCACGCGCAGCUCCCAACCGAGGAUGAUUACCCCGCCGAGUCACCGAAAAGGGUCCAGGUUACACAGAGCCUCAGGAGGAGCCGCCGGAGGGGGCCCGGCGCGCGGCAGAGCCUGGUGUCCGUCGGGACGUCGCGCGGCGGAGGGGAUCAGUGGAGCAGCGACUUCGAGCUGACGCUCCGGCAGCUGAGGCUGGACGACCUGAUCGAGGAGGGGCAGAGCGACGCCGACGUCCUGGUGCACCUUCUAGUCCAGCAGCACACCCAGUUCGGAAUGUCGAUCAAAGGGCGAGUGGUCACAUCGCUCACCAAAAUAUGCGAUUCCUGCUCCGCCCCAUACUGCACAAAGAUUGAUGAGCAGUUCGACAUUACGGUGCUGUCUUCCUCCAGGAAAGACCAGAGCGGGUUGCCUGAAAUCGGAGACAGCGAUCCGUCAGUCAUGUAUGUGAAGCCAGGAACAGAAAUCGAUAUCGACUCGUCAAUCCAAGAGACAAUACGACUAACAGCGUCAGCCAAGAGUUCAUGUUCGGAGGCGUGUGAGAAGUCUCCUGUCGUGUGGAAACGUGCUGGUAACCAGAAGAAGCGUUACAGCCAAACGUGGUCAAAACUUCUUGAUCUCAAGAGAACUCUGGAUAAGGCGCACAGCUAAAUUACUGUUGGCGAUGCAGUUUCAACUCGAUGCCACUGAUUAUCUGAUAUGAAUGCCACAGUGUGAUAUAUCGAACAAAAAGCUCGUGUGACCGGAUGAUUAAUCAACGGACAUGGUUAUCCAGUGAUUGCUUCUCUCCAUAAUACUUUAGUUAACUGUAUACUCACAGAGACUACUGUACUAGACUAUAACAAACCAUUUUUUCUUUCCUCGAAUAUAUUUCCUGUGGGAAACUAUGUAUGAAAUCAGAAUAUUCUUUUGAGGAAUAUAUGAAUUCAGAAGUCAUUCCACAA